AAUGGAUACCAAAAGUGAACGUUGUUGUUCCAAGAUCAAGAACCACUCCUCCUCCUCCGUUGCCCGGACGUUGCAAACAAGACAAAACACGAGUCGAAAAGAUGAACCGAGAGCUGAAAGGGCUCUCGGGCUGCCACCGCGGCCGAUGAAAAGCCUCUCCUCCGCUGCCUUGGACGGGCGGCCGAGAAAGCGAGCUCUCCUCUGUGGGGUGAGUUACAAGAACUGGAAACAUAGGCUACUUGGGACAUUGAAUGAUGUUUGGAAUAUGCAAGAUUUGUUGAUCAAUCAUUUUGGAUAUUCCAAACAUAACAUUCGUACUCUCACAGAGUACGAAACAAACCCGGAGCGAGUACCAACAAAGAAGAACAUCCAAAGCGGACUAAAAUGGCUAGUUGAAGGUUGCAGGGGAGGCGAAAGCCUGGUGUUCUACUUCUCCGGCCAUGGAUUACGGCAGCCGGAUUUCGCGAUGGACGAGCUCGACGGCUUCGACGAGACGAUAUGCCCAGUGGACUUCAUGGAGGAAGGGAUGAUAAGCGACAACGAGAUCAACGCCACCAUUGUUUCCCCUCUGAAGGCCGGCGUGAACCUCCACAGCAUCGUCGACGCCUGCCACAGCGCCACAAUGCUCGAUCUCGCCUAUGUUUAUGACCGCAACAGGGAUGAGUGGGUGGACAACAGGCCGCCGUCGGGAGCGUGGAAGGCGACGAGUGGUGGAUUGGCGAUUUGUUUGAGUGCUUGUGGAGAUGAUGAAUUUGCUGCUGAUACUUCUAUAUUAUCAGGGAAGACGAUGAACGGAGCACUGACAUUCAUUCUUAUUGAUUUCGUGAAGAGAUUUGGAGAAAUAACGUAUGGACGCCUGCUUGAUUGCAUGCAAGAAGCUGUUCGAAGGGCCAACAAAAAAGGAUGUCUCCCAUGUGUUUUUUUCCGAAAAUUGUUCGAAUACAAACAAAUUCAGGAACCUCGACUCUCAUCAUCAGAGAUCUUUGACGUGCACAAGAAAAUAUUUACAUUAUAACUCUAGAUUUUUCCUACUAAAAAAUAAUUUGAAAUUGUUUAGAGAGGAAACUCUAACUCUCUCCUAUAGGGAAAUUUUCAUUUUAAACAAAUAUCUA